CAGCGGGCAGCACUGCCGGGCCGGCAGCUCGGCGAAGAGGCUGCGCGCGCCGGCCAGGCCGGGCCGAGACCGGGGCCCGAGGCUAGGCGAGGGUGCCGGGCGGUACGAGGCGACAGCCCCGGGAGCCCCGCGAGUUGUCCCGGGCCACAGGCGCGGGGAGAGACCGGUGCAUCGCCUCUGCUGCAGCGCUCGAGCCCCACGCCGGGUGCACGGCUCUCCAUCCUCGAGUCUGCCCUGCGCCCAGCUGGAUUUGCUGGUCCUCAGCACCAAGGCCCGCGAGGCUGCAUCCCAGCCUCUGUCGCUCGCUGCGGCUGCCACUGCCGCUGCUCGCCGGCUUCCCCUCCCCCAACACCCGGGGCUCGGAGCAGCAGCAGCAGCAGCAGGAGGAGGAGGAGGAGGAGGAGGGGCCGGUGCGUUCUCGGCGCUGCUCUCUGCAACCUGCGGGGGCCGGUGCACGCCGGGCGAGGAACCCGGGCCGCUGCAGGUGCGUGCAAUCCUCCGAGGAGCCGGACUCUUCACCCCCCGGGCAAACCCGGGAGCUGCAAGCAGAGGGCGGGCGGGCAAGCGAGAGGAAGCAACAAAGACAGGCUGCAGCUGGGGCUGGCGAGAGGGGCCGCGGCCGCCGGCCUCCCAGAGCGGACGGAGAGGGCGCCCUGGGAGAGGCGCGGGCAGAGCUGCCGCGGUGAGCCCGGCCCUGAAGGGAGGCGCAGCGCCUCCCGCCGGACGCAUGGAGCACAGUCUCCGGCGAGGAUGCACCGCCUGAGCGCGCGAGCGGCCGGGGUCCCGGGCGGACGUGACCGGUGCUGAGCAGAGGAAACCCCUUCCCCGACUUCGGACGGCGCUUUCGGGCGUAGGGAUCGCCCUCACCGACAGCUCCCCUUCCCAGCCGAAGAAAAGCAUUGGCCCCCAAGCGGGGGCGGGGGGGCCUUCCUCGGGCAAUCUUUAUCACCCCUGCAUGGCCGCCGCGACCCGCAGAUUGGAGCGUCGUGGCCUCUGAGACUUGGUGCCCUUCGCCUGCCUGGCUGACACAGGAUCCUGCCGCAGCGCGCCCCCCACCCGGGGCUCCCAGCUCAGCCAUGCUGGCCUGUCUGCAGAGGACUCAGAACCCACCUGGCCAGCACCUGGCCUGUCCAAGCAAGAGCCUGGAGCUGCGCAAGUGCGAGUCAGUGGCCAGCUCCAUGCACUCCGCCCGCUACCCAAGCCCAGCCGAGCUGGAUGCCUAUGCCGAGAAGGUGGCCAACAGCCCACUGUCCAUCAAAAUCUUCCCCACCAACAUCCGGGUGCCCCAGCACAAGCACCUGAGCCGCACGGUCAACGGCUAUGACACCAGCGGCCAGCGCUACAGCCCCUACCCUCAGCACGCGCCCGGCUACCAGGGCCUGCUGGCCAUCGUCAAGGCUGCGGUCUCCUCCUCCUCCUCCUCCGGCUCGGCCGUGCCUGCGGGGCACACCAAGAGUGUGCUGAAGAGUGUGGAGGGCAAGCGGACUAAACUGUCCCCGGCCCCCGUGCGGGUGGGCAUCGCACCCUACCCGGUGCCCAGCGCCCUGGGGCCCCUGGCUUACCCGAAGCCACCCGAGGCACCCGCCCCACCCCCCAGCCUGCCGGCAGCCACCGCCGCCACCUCGGUGAUCCCUCUGCCGGGCCGGGGCCUGCCCUUGCCGCCCUCCAACCUGCCCUCUAUCCACAGCCUCCUCUGCCAGCUCAACCAGCAGUGCCAGGCCCCGGGGGCUGCACCAAGCGCCUGUCAGGGCGUGGCUGUGCCCCACCCCAGCCCCGCCAAGCACGGCCCGGUGCCCAGCUUUCCUAGCAUGGCUUACUCGGCCACGGCCGGUCUGCCGGACUGCCGGAAAGGCACAGAACUGAGCCAGGGGGCCACGUCGGCCCUGACGCUGGCUGGGGCCACCAAGCCUGCAGGGUAUGCCGAAGGCGGCCUGGACUACCUGCUGUGGCCCCAGAAGCCGCCCCCGCCCCCGCCCCAGGCACUCCGAGCCUACGGAGGAAGCGGCACUGUCACCAGCAAGUCCCCCGAGACGUGUGGCGGGCGGGCGUUCGAGAGGGCCAACGGGUCGCCCCACAACUGUGGCGUGGGGCUGCCCGCCGGCUUCACCGUGGGUCAGUACUUCGCGGCCCCCUGGAACAGUGUUCUGGUGACGCCGACCAGCGACUGCUACAACCCCACGGCGGCGGCGGCAGCGGCAGCGGCGGCGGCAGUGACAGAGCUGGGGCCAGGAGCUGCCAGGGAGCUAGCGGGGCCUCCCGCCGACGCGCUCUCCGGCCUGGCCAGCAAGAGCGUGUGCAAUACCGCGGUGCUGAGCAGCAGUCUCCAGUCGCUGGAGUAUCUCAUCAAUGACAUCCGGCCACCCUGCAUCAAGGAGCAGAUGCUGGGCAAGGGGUACGAGACGGUGGCCGUGCCCCGGCUGCUGGACCACCAGCACGCCCACAUCCGCCUGCCUGUCUACAGAUAAGGUCUGCCCGCCCGGCGGGCACGUGGACUGACGGACAGAUGGACAGGGUGCUGGGGGUUGGCAGGCCACGGCACAGGCUGGUUACCCCUCCGUCCGGGCUGCUGCGGAAGGCAGGCAGGUUGACCUCACAUACCAGGGCUUCUCCCCCAACUUGCUGCCCCAGGAAGCAGGGGGGGUCCAGGGCUGCCUGCAAGGCCCGACUGUCCUUCCUCCACUGAGGCAGGGAGAGAGGACCUUCUGCAGACAGGAAGUUCCUUCUGGGGCUCCAGCAGAGGCGCUCAGACCAGGGGUGCUCCAGUCAGCACUGGGUUUCUACCCACAAUUCCCUAGUCUCUCAGAAAAGGAGCAGAAGGGAUCCAUAGGAAGUCCCUGGGUCCAAAAGUGCCCCCCCUCCACCAACUAAUCCAGGUAAAGACUACUCUGACUCCAGACUCCUAGAGGCCUCAGGACUACCAGCCCCCCCUGUUCCUCCUGACUCUCCCCUUCCCCAUCCUUCCUAAUAGGAAUCACGCCCCACCCUCCUCUCUACACCCUGGACCAGCCUCUUCUCUGUUCCCUCCCAUACACCUUAUAGGGCUGCCGGGAACAGCCGGUGCACUGCACAAGGGCACAUUGCCCAGGGAGACUCCCCUUGCAUCCUAGACUUGUAUAUUUAUGUCAGUUGUCUGCAUUCCGAGGAAGGGCCACCAUUUCCCUAUUCGCACAAAGAUGUCACAGGGGCUAAAUUCCGACUCCGUUCACACGGACGAUCUUGUCCUUCUUCCAGUGUGGGGUCUCCUGGGAACUAGUGAGAGGGUGACCUACUGGCUAUAACUGGAAUACCCAAUCCAGCUCCUGUUCUGCACCCCACCCCCACCCCCAGGCCUGGCCUGCACUGCUGUGGGGGGGUAAGAUGGGCGGGGGAGGGGAGGUAGAUGAACCCACGAAGUCGUCAAGGCCUGCAGUCCCCCGGCCCCAGCCCGGCCCCCCGGCGCUCGCUCCGGAAGCGGUACCGUAUCUCUCCAAGGCCUGUCCAAGCACUAAGUGCAUUUACAAAUCUCUGAGAAUGUUUUUUUUAUACUAAAAAUUGACCAUUAUAUUCUACUGUGAGAAGUGCAGCCUGCACUAUAUUGUUUUAAAAACGAAGAGAAAGAGAAAAAAAAAGAAAAGAAAACAGA